AUGGAGCUAUUUAAUCCGGUAGACUAUUCCAAAGAUUGGGACGGUGGAUGUUUCGUGAUCGGAAUCGACAUGGGAACUACGUACUCUGGAGUUUCGUACAGCUUUCAUAAGAAUGGACUUCCGAGUGAUCAGAUUGUUCCUACAACCUUUCGCCUAUGGCCUGGCCCGGCAAGCUGGGAUAAUAAGGAUAUAAAAAUUCCGUCAAAGAUUUCAUACGAUGCCAACGGAAGUAUUUCUUGGGGUCUGGAGACUGAAGGCAAACAACGUAUCAUUUCAUGGUUCAAGAUGCUCCUAGUGGAUGAUGACGACCUACGUCCCGAAUUCCAGGACUCGGAGUACAUCCAAGAGGCAAAAUUUACCAUGGAUGCCUUAGGCAAGAACCCUACUCAAGUUGUUGCGGACUUCCUCGGGAAGAUCUUUGAAUAUGUAGUUGUAUACAUGGGCCAGGAAAAGGGAGACGACUUCGUGGAGAAAAAGCCUUUCCACGUCAUUAUCACGGUACCGGCAAUCUGGAGAGGUGGCCCACUGCAACGAAUGAGAGAGGCAUUGAAAUUAUCCGGAAUAUUACGUUCUCGCCGCAACCAGGUUCCCCAAACCACAUAUAGGUUUGUUACAGAGCCAGAGGCGGCUGCUUUAGCAACGGUCCCCGAGUUAAACAAGUGGGAUACACUCCUUCCUGGAACCUCGUUUGUCAUUGCAGAUCUUGGAGGAGGAACCGCCGACUGCAUAAGCUAUGUGGUAAACAGCACCGAACCUUUUGAGCUCCGAGAGAUAGUUGAAGGUGAUGGCGCCCUUUGCGGCGGAGUAUUUCUUCAUCAAUCGUUCAACAUGGCCAUGAAGAAAAAGGCUCUUGAGCAAGAGGGCCAAAACUGGGAUGAAUUUCACCAACUAGAAAAGGAAAAGAUCAUCGGAAUCUGGGAAUGCUUUACCAGGGGAACAUAUAAGACUGAACUAGAUGGGACGCUCUCCAUUAAGCUUGGCUCAAGAAUAGGCUCACAUCAAGGCCCAGACGUUAUAUUCAACUUCUCACGUGACGAGAUUUGUAGCAUCUUCCAGGUCGUGAUGCCUACCAUUGAGGCCCUGAUUGAACGUCAAGUCAAUGCUAUUAAAGAGAAGACUUUACGAUUUCCAAAGGCUAUCGUACUAGUCGGUGGGCUUGGACAAUGCUCAUACAUCUUUGAAGCACUGAAGCGCCGCUACUAUGACAAAGUUCCCGUUAUCCAGGAAAAGGGAGAGAAACCACGGGCUGCUGUGUCUAAAGGUGCCGUACUCUGUGGAACGAAAGGGCGGGUUUUGAUACGCUCCCGUAUUGCCAGAUAUAGUUAUGGAUACUUCUUGAGCAAGCCAUUCCAGGAGGGUAUCCAUAAUGCCGAAGAUCGGUUCCAUGAUACAGCAAGGAACUGUGAUAUGGCAAGAGGACAGAUGGAGUGGCUUGUGAAACGUGGAGACAAUAUAGACACACAAGCAAAAAAAGUACGACAGUACGAUCUACGCUUCAGCCAUCGUGCCCGGGGAGUUCAAACCUCUACGGAGAUGAUCUAUGAGUCAAGAAGUGCUCAGCCCUCGGAUAGAAAGGCCGAGCUAUGGGUCGAAGAUGGUUUCCAGAUGGCCACGCAAAUCACCAUCAGGACACCGUGCCCGGUUGAGCAGCUGCCCAAGGUAAAGGAGGGAGGGGUAUAG